UCGUUGCCCGAGUGAAAAUCAACAGCGCGCACACACACACACACACACACACGUGCGUCUGCCGGCUGAACCAUCUCCCAGCAUCCUCUCUGCUACACAGCAGCAACACUGAGCGCUUUCUCCCUCUUUCAGACCUCUGGUUUACAAAAGAGCAGAAGAAGAAGAAGAAGUGUAGAAAGCCGGCUGCUGCUCCCCCCGCCUCCCUCUCUCUGUGUCUGUCUCUCUCUCUCUCCAUCCCUCCCUCCACCUCGCUGUCUCUCUCUCUCUCGCUCACACACAUCCCCAUCACAUCCACACCCAAAGGAUACCCUCCCUGCCUCUGUCUCUCUCUCUCUCUCUCUCUCUCUCUCACGCCUUUUCCUCUAACCCUCCCAAAUACACCUUUUUUCUUUUCUUUUCUUUUGUGCUAAAUUUCCUCUGGGGAGGAGAUGCUCAUCUGAACCCCUCAACCGUCCCUCACCCCCCCCCUCCCCUCCCGAACCCCUUUUCUUCCGUCAGAAUUCCAGCCUUGGAUGGUCUCAUCUUGCUGCUCUGCCACUUUGUUGCUACCUGUGGAGGUGUCCUCCCCAGUGUUUCUGCUUUUUCAGCCCCGCAGAGAGGCACCAUGCUGGGAUUGGACGUGUGUGAGUUUGGGGGUCAGGUGCUGGAGCUGCUGUGGCUAACUGUGUGCUACCGAGGUCUCCUGGCCGACAAGAAGGACCUGCACGUCGAGGACGAAGAGGACGAGAGGAACCUGAACUACGUCGCUCCGCUCCAGAAGAGUCUGGAGGAGAUUCGGCAGCUGGACAAAGACGACCAGAGUCUGGUCAAGUACAAGCGGACGCUGCUGGGGACGGAAACAAUGCCAGCAGCGGACCCGGCUGUGGCUCGUGUGCAGGUGACCCGACUGACCCUCCUGUGUGACCAGGCCCCCGAGCCCAUCACCAUGGACCUGACAGAAGACCUGAGCGCGCUGAAGGAGAAGACCUUCUCCCUGAAGGAAGGAGUGACGUACAGGCUGAAGAUACACUUCAAGGUGAACAGAGAGAUAGUUGCUGGCUUGCGGUACCAUCAUGUGACCUCCAGAAAAGGAAUAACAGUGGACAAGGUGUCACACAUGGUGGGCAGCUACUGCCCGAAGGAGGAGGAGCACGAGUUCCUCUGCGCGGCCGAGCAGGCGCCCGGAGGCGUGAUGUCACGCGGCCGCUACGCGGUCAGGUCCCGCCUCACCGACGACGACAGGAACACCUUCCUGGACUGGGAGUGGAACUUCGACCUCAACAAGGACUGGAGCGAAUAGAGGGAAAGUCAUGCUCUCCCCCCCCCCCCCCCCCCCCCCCCCAUUGCGUCCCAAAUGCAUGCAUAGCCCAUCGUUCCUAGAGGUAAUCCGUUUAUUUUUUCGGUGUGGUGUGCGUUAUUGGAUUCCGGGGCGAUUGUCGUACGAUGUCCUUCAGGCACACGGAAAAAAAAAAAAAACAUGACAAUUCUUCCAAAGCUUUAUGGGCUUUUAUUACUGUAGUUUUAAAACUAGAGACCCCGUCUAUCCCCAAAACGGAUGUCAAAUUUAAGAAUGGCAAAGUCCAGUUGUUUUUUUGUUUUUGUCAGACUUUGAAACACUAACUGGAAAAGAAAAGAAGAUUACUUUAGAGAUGCGUCUUUUUUAUUGCUUUCUGUUGGUUAACUCGUGUGUUUCAGUUCAUGUACAUAUUUGAUCUUAUGUCUUAGGGUAUCGAUUGAUUCCUCUGUGGUUCGAAUCCGUGGUUUUAUGAUUCAAACUAUCGAAUCACGUACCGGAAAAUCUCGUUUUCAUAACAAACUUGAACAAAUCCUUGAAAUCUACAGGAAGUAAAUAAUAUCACGGUCUAAUCAAACACAUUUUUGUCUUUUCUAUCUUUGAUGAACUGGGAUGAAACGUUCAACCUAUUUUAACUUUGCUGUGUGCUUUGGAAGCCGCAGUUUUCUCAAGUCUUUGUGGCGCGUUUUCGAAAAAAACAACAAAUAAAGACUAACUGAGCUGUGCAUAUUGUAGAAAGAGAUGCGUGCAUGACCAUUGAUGAUUUGAUACAAUUCACUCAUUCAAAAUGAACAAAGUCUGACUCACAUGUACCGUUAACACAAGACGUGAAUACAAUUCUGCUUUGAGCGUAAAUUAAACAUCUUAAGAUGGAAGCUGAAAGAAUACUGAGAAAUACAUCAAGGGAUGGAUUAAUUCCCUUCAAAAAAUAAGAAGUAUCAUCAUUGUGUUAAGUCUCUGGAUAUGAUAUAUUGUCAUUGUUGCUGAAAAUAUUGAACUUUGAACUCGAAAUGUUUGUGAUCUAAGACUAACUGUAAAUGUUGGCGUGUUGGUUGUUGCAUGGUUUUAGCAAGAUUCUCUUCCUUUUUUUACGACUUUAUUGUAGAAUUGAAUGUGAUUAAAAGAAAAUUUUAAGGAGGUACUGACACAAUAUCCAGAUGUCAAUGGUUGCCACGUACUGCAGAUACGGUAUUUACAGGGACAUUUUUAAAGGCACAAAUAGCUGGAAACAUUGGCCUGUGUUUCUCGCCCAGCCUGUAACGAUCGAGUGCUGCACCGUCAAAUAUUGGUGUCAAAUCUUGGUGUCAAAUCUAGUAUCCUGUAUCUUUUAAUAAAGGCAAUAUAAACAA